GUCAGAACCUCAGAGAGCAAGGGUCAAGAAAGGAAUAGCAGCAACGCUCCACAGUCGUGUGGCUUUCUCUUAUCAUUCUACGCGAUGGCUCCUAUAAAGAACACAGAUAGUCUGACUGUGGACAUAAAAGGGAACUGUAACAUAGAGGUAGAUGAAGGUUUCCAAUCGCCAUCUACGAGCACAUCAGGGCGGAGGUGUGAGGAUCUGGCUAGUCGAGCAGGACCAGAAGUUGAAUUGGGUGAUAUUAGUAGUUGUAGUACAAGUGACAAUGACAGCCAGCCUGAAGCGGGCGCACAUGCGGUCUUCGACGUUGAAAAUGACGAGACCUGGUCAGAAAGAUGUAGCCAGAGUGAUAAUGAGAGUUCAAACCGAGAGAGAGACCAAAUGGAAUACCAGGCUGAGACCCUCGCGGAGUUCAUCGUAUAUACCAUAAUCGGUAAAAAGAAUGGCGGAACUGACGAUAAAGUAGAACAGACGUUGUUGAGGUGUGUGAGAACGAUGAUGCAGAAACAUGAAAUACUGCUAAAAGGAAUGAUGAGAAGAUUAGAUAUAACUAGAGAAAGUGGGUACGUUUCAUUUUUUGCUGUGGCCAACGAACUCUUUGAGGGGGAAAGGCAGAUUGUCACCUGGGGAAGGAUAGUGGCCCUCUACGCCUUUGGUGGACAGCUGUCCUUGUACUGUAAAGAAAAUAACAUGGAAGACUUCUGUGUCAAGAUAGCCACGUUUAUGGGAAAAUAUGCCAGCAAUAUUGUAGUGCCGUAUGUAAGGAGCGUCGGUGGAUGGACAAAAAUAUGCGAGGAGUUUCCUGUUGAAGAUUUAGAAAACAAAGAAUGGCUGUACCUGGUAUGGGCAGCUAUUGGAGUGGGACUGACAUCAUUAUUCGCGUCGCACUGAUUGGUAAUAUUUCACUGCAUUAUAAUUAUCAUGCAUCAGUAGAACAAAUGUUUCAUCAUGUGUAUGUUUUACCACAACUCGGGUGCCAAAUGUAGCUCAUAGCACCUCUUAUGUACAAUACAAUACAGUACUGUACUGUACUCUCAUUUUUAAUGCUUGAUUCUGGCAGGUAUCAAUUUAUUAUUUCUGUUUUGGUCUGGUACUCCGUGGACAAUUUAUACUAUUUUUAGCUGUAGCGCCUUGUAUAUGUUGACCUGCAUUAGAGUGAAAGGGUUUAUUUUGGGUAGUGGUCAGAAUAUAUAAUUUUGAAGUGGGAAAGCAGUAUCUUGUGACACAAUGUAUUACUUAUAAUACAUUAUUGUACACAAUUAUGAUCUUCACUACUUUCUAUUAUACAGGUAAUAGAAUACAUGUUUUCAGUACUUAAGUUAGUUAUAACAAACUUCUCAUGAAAAUUUUGUAUGUACAGUCACUCAAAAAAACGAUGGUUUUUAGAAUGAAGACGGACUCCUGUUGUCUCGGUAGGGAUGACAAAAUCCUUCGUCCGUGGUCAUAUUUUUUCAACACCAUUUUGUAUCGAUAAUUUUGUUUGAGUGCCGGUACAGUCUGGGUCAAAGGUUCAUAUGUAGCAGUUGGACCCCAAAUGAGAUGAAGCAUUAUGAGUGUAUUGAUCUUAAAAUAUCUAUGGUUAGUCAUUCCAAAUAAAAUAUUUAGGUUUCCAUAAUCAGUACUGUAAUGAGGAGCUACAUUGUUAAAUAAAGUAUAACCUUAUAUGGAACAUUUAAAUUUCUGGCAUGUCCCAUGUUGUGCUUGAAGGGUUGGUCGAGGACUUGAUAAAUAUCUUUUCGGAUGUUACUUUGUCUUUUUUAAGGUAUUCAUUUAUUUUUAAUUUUGUAUUUUGAAAUUGUAAGAUCAUAGUUAUAGAGUUAAAUGUAUGUAAUACUGUAACUCUAAAUCUUCAGUCUCUGAAGGAGCAAAUAUAACGCUUCAGUAACAAGUAGUUCUAAAAUUAUCAUUCCAUACAACUUUCUUUAUAGGCUAAGAAUGUACUUCAGUAAUUCCUUACUUAUUGAAAAAUUGCAUUUCAUGAUAAUUUAAGCUGCAAAAUUCAAAUAUUGUUUUAUUAAAAUCAAAACCAAUGGCAAUGAGACGGAUCAGACCAAGUCAACUUUGUCUUUACGCUGAUGGUAAAUAACAUACAUCAAAAAAUAAAUUGAAAAUUGUAUUUUACAUAUGGUAACAGAAUGAGUAUGAAGGAGCCACGAAAUUAGUUAAAUCAUAACAUUCAACCAGAUAUUACACGUCAUUAGUUCCAGGACAGGUACUGUAUAUACUUGACUAGAUACACUGUAUAGCGUUGUACCAUGGAAUGUGAGCGAGGCUUUCUUACUACACAAUAUCCAUCAAGGAUUUUGUUUACAUUUUAUAAUAAAUUACAAAAGUGCAUCAUAACCUUUUGUGUCUGUAUAGAGAUUGGGAUUUCUUUUUACUAGUUUCACUUGAAUCUGAGGAUCACUUGACACUACAGUAUCUUUUUUAUAGAAUGAAACUAAUGUGUAGAUGAUUUCCCUUCAUUCUUCAGUGGCUUUGAUGCAAUAUUUGCAAUUGGUACUAACAAUAAGACUGUUGGUGGUAAGUAAACGAACCUAAAUUCUAGGGUCACAUGCACCUGGGCAGCGAGAUAAGGAAACAAAAAGUUCUUUGGAGCUUUAGACCAACCACUUGGGAGGGUGACAACACACCUGGAGGUUGACUGUUCAUAACACUUGUAAUAGGAAUUUAAAGUACGUAUUAAAAAGUAUAAUUAUAUGGUAUGAAAAACUGUAUUUUCCUUAUGCAGUAUUUUUUUAAGUUUGUGGAACUUGCACAAAUAUAUAGUACUUUACCUGUAUGAGAUGUUAAGUUUAAUACACAAUAAUAAUCUUGCAGGUAACCCAAGUUCUCUGAAUUUAGUGUAACAAAAAUUGUCUGGUUACAUUGGGAGGUUCCUGUUUAAUAAAACUGAUGAGGUUUUUGUUUUUCAUUGUUAUUGUGUAACAUUAAUUAACAUUUUUGGGCAGAGGUUGAGUAAAUACUGUAUACAUUUAA